AUGGCGACAAAUGUAGCUUUCCAAACCUCAAUGGGUAGUUUCGUAGUUGAGCUUUACAACGACCACGCUCCCAAGACAUGUGAAAACUUCUCCAAAUUGGCCGCCAGCGGGGCCUACGACGACAACAUCUUCCAUCGAAUAAUUCCAAACUUCAUGGUACAAACAGGCGAUCCUACAGGCACCGGCCGUGGCGGCAAUUCGUUUUGGGGCGGGAAAUUCGAAGAUGAAAUCGAACUCAAAAGGCCUGAGCUACCGCGCUUGAGGCAUACUGGAGCUGGAAUCUUGAGCAUGGCAAACAGCGGACCAAAUACGAAUGGCAGCCAAUUUUUUAUCACCCUGGCACCCACGCCGUGGCUAGACGAUAAACACACUAUAUUUGGAAGGGUGAAGAGUGGGUUGGACGUCUUGAAGAGGAUGCAAAACGUGGAGACGGGGGCUGAGGACAGACCGAAGGUUGAGGUUAAGAUCGUGAGCGCCACUGUCUUGCAGGAUGCUUGA